AGGAUUAUGACGCAGUGAAUACAAAGUCCGAGUAAAUCAUUUCGUAUGGUAGUCUAGUCAUAGGAAUUAAAUACACUAUUUCGGGAGGUGGAAUAAUCCCGCUUGUAUAAAAUCUACAUUAUCGACAAAUUUAUAAACAAAACCUAAUAAAAUGGAUGACGUACUAACAGAGACUGUUCCUGCCGAAGAAUUAAAAAAAUUCGAAAAGGCAUAUCACGAGCAACUAUACAAGCAGGAUGUCACCCCGAAAGCACAAUUCGAAUACGCCUGGUGUCUCGUACGCAGCAAGUAUCCGGCCGACAUAAAAAAGGGAAUAUUUUUACUGCAGGAGUUGUUUCGAACGCACGAGGAGGGCCAGAGGGAUUAUCUGUACUACUUAGCAAUUGGCAACGCGCGAAUAAAGCAAUACACCGAGGCCUUAAAGUACGUACGCUCAUUUUUAAACAUUGAACCUGGUAAUUCGCAAGUGAUAGCGUUGGAAACGACGAUUAAGGCUAAAAUGGACAAGGAGGGGCUGAUGGGAAUGGCGGUCGCCGGUGGUGUAGUGUUAGCUAUCGGAGCUGCAGUGGGAUUAGGAAUAUCCAUUUUAAAUAAAAAAUCCUAAUAGCUAAUUUUGUAUGGGUGGCUAUACGAGGCUACCUGUAAUAUGUUCUUGGUUAUUUAUUAUUACUUUGUUGAUUACUUUGAAUUAUUCAAAAUGUCAAAUAUUUAGUUAGUAUGUAGGAUAACAAUAAAAUUGUGAUUUAUUUAUGGUAGACCCUUUGGUUUUCAGUAAACAGACUGAAAUUUGGCUAUGUAAAUUAAGUGUCUCAUUAAAUUUGCUUUGUAUUCA